AUUUCCAAAUUUGAAGUCAUGUCAUCUCCCAACUUCGAAUUUUGAAGUUCAAACAGCCAAAUUGAAUUCCUUUGUUGGGCUGGGGAAUCCAUAAACCCAAGAAUCCAUCUCAAACCACGCUAUCAAAUGCUCAACUUUCUCUCUCUCCGCCGAUCCAUCCAUUACUUCCGCCACCGCCGUCUGCAAAUCUCACCCACCGCCGCCAUUUCCAAACCCCCUUUCAAUCCCCCUCGCCCAUUUUCCACUGUUUCUCCUUCACCUUCCUCCUCCUCCUUCGAUUCCGAGCUUCGUAAGUACCUCGGCUAUGGUGCUCUCGUCAUUUUCUGCGGCGCCGCCACUUACUACUCCUUCCCUUUUCCCGAAAACGCCAAGCACAAGAAGGCCCAGAUCUUCCGAUACGCUCCACUGCCUGAGGAUCUUCACACUGUGUCCAAUUGGAGUGGAACUCAUGAGGUUUGGACCAGAGUGUUUCACCAGCCGGAGAAUUUGGAGCAGCUUGAGCAAGUGGUGAAACAGGCUAAUGAGAAGAAGGCUAGGAUUCGGCCUGUUGGCUCCGGGCUUUCGCCUAAUGGGAUUGGAUUAUCGAGGAUGGGGAUGGUGAAUUUGGCGUUGAUGGAUAAAGUUUUGGAAGUAGAUAAGGAGAAGAAGAGGGUUAGGGUUCAAGCGGGAAUAAGGGUUCAACAGCUUGUGGAUGGAAUCAAGGAGUAUGGGCUUACUUUGCAGAAUUUUGCUUCUAUCCGGGAGCAGCAGAUUGGUGGCAUCAUUCAGGUUGGUGCACAUGGUACUGGGGCAAAAUUGCCUCCUAUUGAUGAGCAGGUUAUUGCUAUGAAAUUGGUCACGCCUGCCAAGGGUACUAUAGAGAUUUCCAAAGAUAAAGAUCCAGAGCUUUUUCUUCUAGCUCGCUGUGGUCUUGGGGGGCUUGGAGUGGUUGCUGAAGUAACCCUCCAAUGUGUUGAGAGACAGGAACUCGUGGAGCACACGUAUAUUUCAAACAUGAAAGACAUCAAGAAGAACCACAAGUAAUUGUGUACUUUUUGAUAGUUAGUUUUAUGCAGUUCUAUAGUAUGUUAGACUUCAGUUUACAACUCAUCUUAUUUAUUUAUUAUUAUUAUUAUUAUUAUUUGACAAUAU